AUGAGCGCUUCCAAACCAGUGCCAGAUGAUGAAGAAGAAGAUGUAGAAAAGACAGUGCCAGAAAACAAAUUGACAUCAGACAAUCUGGAGGAAGAGAGCCUGCCCAAGGUCAGGCAGCCCGCGAGGGACGGGCACGAUCCGAACCCGGCGGCCCACUGCCUGCGCCUGGCGCCCACUUCGCCGCAGAAGGGGCCCCGGGAAGCCGCGCCAGCAGCCGCACUGGAACGGAGAGCUGUGGGCAAGGGCGCGAGGGGUAGCCGGCCCCCCAGCCCCUACGGAAGGCAUGGAAAGUUCCAGCUGGUUCGAGAACUGUACGUAGCAAGCGCGGCGGCAGCGGCGGCGGCAGGGUUGGAGGGGGCGUGCGGCUGGCGCUGGCGGUUCCCGGCCGAACCCACGGUGCCUCCCCCCGCGCAGCACCUGCGGGGCCAGGGUGGGGGGUCCGGCGGGGACCGCGGGCGGCGGGGAGCGCGGCUGUGGAGGGGGGCGGCGCAGCCGCCUUACAGAGGGGGCGUGGCUUGGCCUACGGGGGCGUGGCUCGCUGAGGGGGCGUGGCGCCCCGUCUGCGCAGCUGCCAGAGCCUUAAAGCCCGGGCUCGCUCGGCCGGAGUGUGCUUUCGCCGCCUUGGAGCCUUCCGGCCCAGCAUCCUGUCCGGUCCGUGCGGUCCCCGCCCUCCUGCGUCCCGGGAGCCGGCUCGGUUCGGAGCCGAGAGCUGCGUGUUCGGGCAUGCCCCGCUACGAGCUGGCUUUGAUCCUGAAAGCCAUGCAGCGGCCAGAGACCGCUGCUGCUUUGAAGCGUACACUUGAAACCCUGAUGGACAGAGGGGCUGUGGUGAGGAACUUGGAGAACCUGGGCGAGCGUGCGCUUCCUUAUAGGAUCUCCGCCCACAGUCAGCAGCACACCAGGGGAGGGUAUUUCUUGGUGGAUUUUUAUGCACCGACAACAACUGUUGAAGGCAUAAUGGAGCAUUUGUCUCGAGACAUUGAUGUGAUUAGACCAAAUAUUGUAAAACACCCUCUGACCCAGGAAGUGAAAGAGUGUGAAGGGAUCGUCCCAGUCCCACUUGAAGAAAAGCUGUAUUCCACCAAGAAGAGGAAGUGAGAAGAUUCACCAGAUUUUAGCCUUCAGUUUAAUUCUUUCACUUUUGAGCACCAUGGAUUAAUAACUGACCAGCCUGAUCUUUAUGUAAGAGGGUGCUUUCAGUGCCCUUUGAUUUUUCUAAGGUACUUUUAGUUCUUGAUCCCCUUUGCUGUGAAAAGUCGGGGAAUGGCCUCCUUAGAGCCACAUUGUAAUAUAUGGCAUCAGUGCUCCCUGCUCGAUUGCAUUUCACGAAUGUAAUUUGUCAGUGAGGACUUUGCCCUACAGCAGCACUAACACUGCUUUGAAGAGCAAAGAUUAUAAAAACCACUUUGGAUUACACGCUAGUCAUUCAGACUGUAUACCACCAUGCAAAAUAAAAAUUUAAGACCAUCGUAUUAUAUGAGUAA